GGCGUUUUUUUUGUUUUGUUUUUUUAAACAUUCCCUCGGGAACAUAUCUUGUGACGAAGAGCUGCGAGUCAGUCUGACACCAAACGCGGAGCAAGACAGAGGAUCUCCAGAGACCAGACGAGCGCAAGCAGGGAUCAAGUGCGAGGAUAAGGAUAAACUCGCACAGACCCGUGAUCUUGCCUCUGUAGGAUUUUAAUCUUGUGCUUGUGAGUAAAGACCAAACUAAAGAGGGUUUCUUCCCUGUUUUCUUCCUUUCCUUCCUUCCUCUGGAGAACACUUUUCCUUUCCGAACUGUAGCACUAUGGAAGCUUUAAGUUCUAAACAGUCAAGUCCAGUUCUUGCUUUAGAAAUAUAUAUGUGUUUGUGUCGUUAGUUGAUUGAUUAGUUUAUGUCAGAGUGAUAACAAUGGUUGAACCAGUGGGAUUUGUGGAGGCAUGGAGAGCCCAGUUCCCAGAGUCUGAUCCCCCCUGCAUGGAGCUGAACUCACUGGGGGACAUUGAACAGGAGCUGGACAAAUGCAAGACAUCAAUCAGGCAGCUGGAGAAGGAAGUAAACAAGGAGCGCUUUCGGAUGAUCUAUCUGCAGACUCUGCUUGCAAAAGAGAGGAAGUCUUAUGAUGGGCAGAGAUGGGGAUUUAAAAGGCCGCCCCAUACAAGAGACGGAGACCUGCCCAGUGGCCCAGAGAGCCAGAGGUCCCACACAGAUGAGGCACCGGUGGUGGAGGAGCAGCAGCAGCAGAGAGGGCAUGUGAAGACUGUGAGGUGUAAACCACAUCCAGAAGGAGAGGUGGACGGUGCAUCCCCAGCCAAACAGAAAGGUGGGGUGUCACCCAUCCGCCAGGACUCAGAGAUUCCGGAUUUCCCAGUGGGCACAGGCUCAGUGGCAGCUCUGAGAUCCAACUUUGAGCGCAUCAGGAGAGCCAACUCUCACACAGCCGGGGAUGGCAGAGGGUUGGCAGUGGUGGGCGGCCAGGAGAAACCCUUCUAUGUGAACAUGGAGUACCACCACGAGCGAGGGCUGGUCAAAGUCAACGACAGGGAGGUCUCAGACAAGAUCAGCACCCUGGGCUGUCAGGCCAUGCAGAUUGAGAGAAAAAGGUCCCUGCAUUCCGUCCCAGGGAACCUGUCAGCUGCCACAGGGGACAUCAGCAAGGCUGUUCAAAGAGGCAGAUCCACUGACGGGAACUGCAGCUACAAUGGCUCAUAUGAUGACGUCGAGGUCAACCCACACUUUCAGAAGGAAAGUGUGAUCCGUUCCACCUGGGGAAAGUCUGAGCGACAGCCAGCUGAGUGCCAGCCUUACACCAGUGUGUAUGUUGGGGGAAUAAUGGCUGAUGGGGACACCCGAGUCAUCCACAUUAGGGACCACAGCAUAGAGGACGAUGCACACCUCACCUGGCCGAGGCGCUCCUACUCUCCCGGUAGCUUUGAUGACGUAGGAGGUGGCUACACACCAGACUGCAGCUCCAAUGAGAACUUAACAUCCAGCGAGGAGGACUUCUCUUCAGGCCAGUCCAGCCAUGUGUCUCCCAGCCCCACCACCUAUCAGAUGUACAGGGAGAAAAGCCGCUCACCCUCCCAGCACUCCCAGCAGUCCUUUGACAGCAGCAGCCCACCCACACCUCUCUCACAGAACCAUCUGAAGCAGCAGGUGAUGAUUUCUGAGGCCUCCAUCAUUGGGGUCCAUAAAACGGGCCAGAUCUGGCCCGGUGAUGGGGACUCUACCACGUCUAGCAGGACCUCUCAUGACAACAGUGUUCAAGGAGAUUUGGAGGCUCCCUACAACGAGACCCCUCCGUCAUAUGGAUAUGACCUGGAGCACUCAGAAGAGCACCAACCUCACCACGACCCUCUGUGCUACACUGGAUCUCCUUCCUCCUCACCACGGCUCCGCUCAAAAAGCCGGAGCAGCCGAAACACCCAGUCCUCCGGCUCUCUGGAAUCCACGCUGUCGGUGGAGUUGGAUCAAGAGAAGGGGCUGGAGAUGAGAAAAUGGGUUUUGUCAGGAAUCCUGGCCAGUGAGGAGACCUACCUCAGCCACCUGGAGGCCCUACUGAUACCCAUGAAGCCUCUGAGGGCCGCAGCCACAACUUCCCAGCCGAUGCUGACCAUCCAGCAGAUAGAGACCAUCUUCUUCAAAGUACCAGAGCUUCAUGAGAUCCACAAGGACUUCUACGACGCUCUGCUGCCCCGAGUCCAGGACUGGAGCCACCAGCAGUGUGUGGGCGACCUCUUCCAGAAACUGGCCAGCCAGCUCGGAGUGUACCGGGCCUUUGUGGAUAACUAUAAGGUUGCUGUGGAGACGGCGGACAAGUGCUGCCAGGCAAACGCUCAGUUUGCAGAGAUAUCUGAGAAUCUCAAGGUCAAAAGCACAAAGGACUGCAAAGAGCAGGCGGCUAAAAAUUCACUGGAAACGCUUCUCUACAAGCCUGUGGACAGAGUGACACGAAGCACACUUGUUCUGCAUGACCUCCUGAAGCACACGCCCUCCAGCCACCCAGACUAUCUGUUGCUACAAGACGCCCUGCGCAUCUCCCAGAACUUCCUGUCCAGUAUUAAUGAAGAGAUCACCCCGCGGAGACAGUCCAUGACAGUUAAGAAGGGAGAGAACCGUCAACUGCUGAGGGAUCGUUUCAUGGUGGAACUGGUCGAAGGUUCCAGGAAACUCCGUCACGUCUUCCUCUUCACCGACCUGCUGCUCUGCACCAAGCUGAAGAAACAGGCUGCAGGGAAAGGGCAACAGUAUGACUGUAAGUGGUACAUUCCACUGGCUGACCUGACAUUCCAGACCAUCGAGGACUGUGAGUCCAACCCCAUCCCUCUGGUCCAGGAUGAGGAAAUUGAUGCGAUGAAGAUUAAGAUCUCCCAGAUCAAGAAUGAGAUCCAAAGAGAAAAGAGAACCACCAAGGGACCCAAGGUGAUUGAGCGUUUGAGGAAGAAGUUGUCAGAGCAAGAGUCUUUGCUGCUUCUCAUGUCGCCCAACAUGGCGUUCAGAGUAGCCAACAGAAAUGGAAAGGGUUUCACAUUUCUGAUCUCCUCUGACUAUGAACGUGCAGAAUGGAGGGAGAUUAUUCGAGAGCAGCAGAAGAAGUGUUUUAAAAGCUUCUCUUUGACCUCUCUGGAGCUGCAGAUGCUCACUAACUCGUGUGUGAAGCUCCAGACUGUUCACACUAUUCCAAUGACCAUGAAUAAGGAAGAUGAUGAAUCUCCUGGUUUAUAUGGCUUCCUGAAUGUCAUUGUCCACUCUGCAUCGGGGCUCAAACAGAGCUUAAACCUUUACUGCUCUCUGGAGGUGGAUUCUUUUGGCUACUUUGUCAACAAAGCCAAAACACGAGUGUACAGAGACUCUACAGAGCCCAACUGGAACGAGGAGUUUGAGAUUGAACUGGAGGGCUCUCAAACUCUGAGGCUGCUCUGUUAUGAGAAGUGCUACAACAGAACCAAGCAAAGCAAAGAGGACGGAGAGAUCACAGACAAGAUCAUGGCAAAAGGACAGAUAAAGCUGGAUCCCCAGACACUGCAAAAUAAAGACUGGCAGAGGACAGUCAUCGCCAUGAAUGGGAUUGAGGUGAAGCUCUCGAUGAAAUUCGCCAGCAGAGAGUUCAGCCUGAAGAGGAUGCCUUCACGGAAACAAUCCGGUGUCUUUGGAGUGAAAAUCAAUGUAGUAACUAAACGAGAGCGCUCCAAAGUUCCCCUCAUUGUGAGACAGUGCGUGGAGGAGAUUGAGAGACGAGGGAUGGAGGAAGUGGGAAUCUACCGAGUGUCUGGCGUCGCAACUGACAUCCAGGCGCUGAAGGCUGCAUUUGAUUCAAACAACAAGGACGUGUCUGUCAUGAUGAGGGAGAUGGACGUAAACGCCAUUGCUGGAACACUGAAGCUGUAUUUCCGCGAGCUGCCGGAGCCUCUUUUCACUGAUGAGCUGUACCCCAACUUUGCUGGAGGCAUUGCUCUGUCUGACAGUGUGGCCAAGGAGAGCUGCAUGCUCAACCUGCUGCUGUCUCUACCAGAGCCCAACCUGGUCACCUUCCUCUUCGUGCUUGACCACUUAAAAAGGGUGGCUGAAAAUGAGAGCAUCAACAAGAUGUCUUUGCACAAUCUGGCCACAGUUUUUGGUCCCACUUUGCUUCGGCCCUCUGAAAAAGACAGCAAAAUCUCAAACAGCUCACAGCCGAUCUCCAUGAACGACAGCUGGUCUCUAGAGGUCAUGGCUCAGGUUCAGGUCCUUCUCUACUUCCUUCAGCUGGAGAGCAUUCCAACACCUGACAGUAAACGUCAAAGCCUUCUAUUCUCUACUGAAGUAUAGCAGGAAUAUCAUGCACUUGUCCAC